AUGCCGCUGUUCGGCUGGACCUCCCGCGCGCGCGAUGCCGCCGCCGCCGCCUCCGCCGCCUCCGCCGCCGCCUCUCCUCCUCCCGCGCCGGCGACGCCGACGCGCGGGAGUCGCGACGCUCGUCGCCGCGGUUCGAGCGGCGACGUGGUACUGUCGGUGGACGCAGAUAACGCAGCUGUCUCUGUACCUCGCGAGCUCGGCGCGGGCGAGCGCGCGCGCGCGUCGACGCCGCCGCCGCGGCUGAGCGCGGAGGAGGAGGAGGAGGAGGAGGAGGAGGAGGACGCCGUCGACGUCGAGCUCGGGGAGAUACGCGUCGUCCCCGCGGACGGCGCGUCGUCCGAGAAAGAGAAGGGAAAAAAAGCCGAAAAAAAAGACGACGACGAGGAGCGCUACUGCAGGAUAUGCAUGGAGAGGAUCGCGCGCGCGGAGCUCGACGCCGGGACUGCGACGUCGCUCGGGUGCGCGUGCGUCGGCGGGUUCGCGCACGUCGACCCCUGCGCGGAGCAGUACGCGAACGCCAAGUCGGACGCCACGUGCGAGGUGAGAGUUUUUUUUUUGGCUUAUUUUUUGGUUUUGGUUCUCUCGAAACACCUCACCCUCGCGCGCGCACAGCUGUGCUUGGAGAACAUGGACGCGCUGGACGCCAUCGUCGCGAAGCUGCGCGCGUCGAGACGCGGUCGCGCGCGAGGACGACGCGCGAUCUUGGUCUUGAACGACCUCCCGACCGGCGCGGGGGGUCGAGCGAUUCGCUCGAGAGAAAACGACGCGCACGGAGACCCCGUCUUUGACGUCGAGGACGCGCGGCUGUACCGCCCGGGGUGGGGGAGUCGGAACCCGGGGAUGUGGCUGUUGUGGAUCAUCACCCGGCCGUUCGUGCUGGUCGCAUACGUGAGUCUUUACUUCGUCACGUGUCUCGUCGCCGCGAUGGCCGUGCCGGCGGUGAUACUUUUUUGCCCGGAGUUUUUAGACGCGUCGUUCUUUUUCCCGGACGUAUCGAUCCAGCCUGAGGCUUCUCCUUCGUGA